CCCGGCCGGCCGGGGCUGCGGGCGCCCGGCGGGGCUGCUCCUUGCCGGGGACCGAGGUCCUCUCGCGGGGCGCCCGGGGCUGUCGUGGGGGGAGGGCGGCGAGAGGCCCCUCCGUCGCCGGCCUUACCCCGGCCGGCGUGCCGGCACCAAGCAUGAGCGAAGGGUCCAUGAGCAAGGCAGCCACCAUGGAGAUCCCCAUCCACGGCAACGGAGACUCCAGGCGCAUGGCCGAUGACGACGGCUUGGAGCAGGACUUGCAGCAAGUGAUGGUGUCGGGGCCCAACUUGAACGAGACCAGCAUUGUCUCUGGAGGUUAUGGGGGAUCGGCCGAGGGCAUUGUCCCCACCGGGAUCAUCAAAGGCUCCCUUGUUCCAUCUCAUCCUCCCCGAGGACCACUCAUCUCCCCCAGCCCUUCAGCUGCCAGCCGCAUGGCCAGCCCGGCUCCCAUGGCCACAGGCUCCAACUUGCACCAGCCCCACCCCAACCCAGCCAUGACGGGGGAGGAGGCAGCAGCGGCAGCUGCUGCCACGCGGGGAGUGGCCGUGGAGAAGUUUGACAUUGUCAGGAAAUGGGGCAUCAACACCUACAAAUGUACCAAGCAGCUGCUGUCAGAGCGCUUCGGACGCGGCUCGCGGACUGUCGACCUGGAGCUGGAGACCCAAAUUGAGCUGCUGCGUGACACCAAACGCAAGUACGAGUCCCUGCUGGGCCUGGCACGGGCCCUCACCAGCCACUUCUACAGCCUCGUCCAGACGCAGCACGCCCUGGCGGACGCCUUCUCGGACCUCAGCCAGAAGUCCCCCGAGCUCCAGGAGGAGUUCGGAUACAAUGCCGAGACUCAGAAGCUGCUGUGCAAGAACGGGGAGACCCUGCUGGGGGCCGUCAACUUCUUUGUCUCCAGCAUCAACACCCUGGUCAACAAAACCAUGGAGGACACCCUCAUGACGGUCAAGCAGUACGAGACGGCCAGACUGGAGUACGAUGCUUACCGCACAGACCUGGAGGAGCUCAGCCUGGGGCCCCGGGAUGCCAGCACCCUCUGCCGCCUGGAUGCCGCCCAGGCCAACUUCCAGGCCCACCGCGCCAAGUAUGAGAAGCUGCGGGCGGACGUGGCCGUCAAGCUGAAGUUCCUGGAAGAGAACAAGGUGAAGGUGAUGCACAAGCAGCUGCUGCUCUUCCACAACGCCAUCUCGGCUUACUUCGCUGGGAACCAGCAGCAGCUGGAGCAGACCUUGAAGCAGUUCAGCAUCAAGUUGAAGAGCCCCGGGGCCGACAAGCCCUCCUGGCUGGAGGAGCAGUGAGCAGCCCCCCCACCCCCCGCCGUGCUCCUCCCGCCCUUCACGGACUUGG